AUGACGCACAGCCUCCUAGCUUUCUCAUCUCUCCACACAGAGAUGGAGGCCUUUACUUUUGCCGUGACCACGCAAGUGGAUUUCCCAAUUCGUGUCAAAAUCGGCUCGUUGGAAGGAAAGCAAAAGCUGAUCCCAGGCACUGCUUUGCACAAUAACCCCGAGCUAAGGCACAUCGGGUCUGUUCAGGAUCCCGUAUCCGAUCUUUAUGUCACCGUUCAGCUAUGGUCCGAAUCAAAACCUCUUGGCGUUCCUAUGCAAACCCGAUACAAGGCAUUUAAAAGUACGCGAGUAUGGAAUGAGUGGCUACAAUUACCAAUGUCGAUCAAGGACGCAGAGCGCAAUGUCCAACUCGCUAUCACAAUAAUUGACUUGUCACCAUUGGCACAUGAUCGCAUUACGCACGUACCGUUCGGGGGGACUACAAUUAGCAUGUUUGACGAAGAUGGGAAAUUGAAGAUGGGAAGACAGAAGUGCAAGGUUUAUCUCCAUAAAAGUGCGGACGGAUCUGUUUCAACUUCCACCCCGUCCACGCCACGGCCAAAACGUCGCAAGCCAAAUACUCGGGACCCCUCACAACAGUCACCCGAAGAGGCAGAACUGGAACGGGUUGAAGUCCUGAUCAAAAAGCAUGAAAUGGGCGAGAUACCUCGCGUUGACUGGAUGGACCAGUUGCUAUUUCGUCAGCUGGAGAAGCUAAAGCUUAAUGCAGAUCAAGCGGCCCACAAACGAGCCCUUGAGCUCGAAGCAGCCAUGAACGAAAAUCAGGGACAUGAGAAAGAUCCAGACGAUGACUUUGAGGAGGAUCGACCGGAGGACGAAUACUUUGAGCUUUAUGUCGAAUUUCCACGCUUCGACCAUCCGAUCGUUUGGGCAGACCACGAGUAUCCCCCGCCGCCUAUUUCCGCAUGGGCCCAGAACCAGUCUUCCCACCCCGACUCAACUCUCAAACCAGUACCGGAAGUGCAUUUUGGACCGGGAAUUGCGCGCGCUGAUCCCCACAAGGUCAUCAGAAUAUACGAUCCCGAGGUUGGGCAGAUUGGCAACCCCUGCGAGGAUAAGCACCGGCGUUUGAUUCGAAGUCAUCGAACGGGUAUUAUGGACCGGGACUUGAAACCAAAUCCAAAAAUCAGAGAUGAUUUGAACAUGAUAAUUUCCUACGAACCAACUCAAGACCUCACCGCCGAAGAAAAGGAUCUUAUAUGGCGGUUCCGUUAUCAUCUCACACGAGAGAAGAAGGCAUUGACUAAGUUUGUCAAGUCUGUGAAUUGGCGGGACGUUGGUGAAUCACGCCAAGCCGUGGAUAUGUUCCCUAAAUGGACGGAGAUCGAUGUCGAUGACGCUUUGGAGAUUCUGGGACCUACAUUUGACAAUCCUGCGGUUCGCUCAUAUGCUGUUGAAACGUUGCGAAAGGCUGAUGACGAGGAGCUGCUUCUCUAUCUGCUGCAGCUGGUUCAGGCUCUCAAGUAUGAUGCAACCCCGGAGGAUUUCCCUGAUGCAGCCCCACAGGAAUCCUCGCUUGCGCAUUUCUUGAUCUCUCGCGCUGCCAAUAACUUCAAGCUUGGUAACUACUUACAUUGGUAUCUCAUGGUUGAAUAUGACGAUGCCGAUGCAGGACAGCGUCAUCUUAUCACGCGGGUUGAGUAUUACUUCAUGCUUGAACUGGAGAAGCUCCACCCCGAGCACCGAAAGACGCUCCGUCGCCAAGGCGAGAUGGUGGCUGUGCUCUCAAAGAUUGCAAAGGACAUUCGGUUUGCUCGCGACAAUCGAGUGGGCAAGAUCGAGAUGCUGAAAAAGUCUCUCCGGGAUCCCCAAAAUGACUUGGUCAGCAUUGACCCACCACUACCGCUGCCAUUGAACCCCGAUGUGGCAGUCACUGGCUUAUUCCCAGAUGAAUCCAAUGUCUUCAAGUCUACUCUUUCGCCCCUGCUAAUCACUUUCAAAACAUCUGAUGGUGACCGCUAUCCUAUGCUUUUCAAGGUCGGUGACGAUCUUCGUCAGGAUCAACUCGUCAUUCAAAUCAUCAUCUUGAUGGAUCGCCUCUUGCAAAAGGAGAACCUAGAUCUCAAGUUAACCCCCUAUCGAAUUCUUGCCACUAGCGCAACCGCCGGUGCUGUGCAGUUCAUUCCUUCCAUCUCUCUAUCUGCGGCGUCUGCCAAGUACAAGUCCAUCCUCGCCUACCUGAAAGUGAACAACCCGGACGAGAACGAACCGCUUGGUGUGCGCAAGGAGACGAUGGAUACAUAUAUCAAAUCGUGCGCAGGAUAUUGCGUUAUCACAUAUCUCCUUGGUGUUGGUGAUCGUCAUCUCGAGAAUCUACUUCUAGCACCUGAUGGUCACUUCUUCCACGCCGACUUCGGUUUCAUUCUUGGUCGUGACCCAAAGCCUUUCGCUCCCAUGAUGAAACUGUGCAAGGAGAUGGUUGAAGGCAUGGGUGGCACUACCUCACCUCACUACUUGCAAUUCAAACAAUACUGCUACACCGCUUACACCACCUUGCGCAAGUCCGCAAAUUUGAUAUUGAAUUUGUUUAGUCUCAUGGUGGAUGCCAAUAUUCCGGACAUUCGGGUGGAGCCUGACAAAGCGGUUUUGAAAGUGAAGGAGCGCUUCCAUCUUGAGAUGACCGAGGAAGAGGCCAUUCGCCACUUCGAGCAGCUUAUUGCGGACAGUGUCAAUGCCAUAUUUGGCGUGGUUAUUGAUCGCCUGCAUGACUUUGUGCAGGGUUGGCGGGCAUAA